GUUUUCUCAAAGAGGAUCCGAUAGAUAUAUGGAGGAACUACUAGACAUCAGUUAUAAAUACUGGACACCCACUUUCUCUUCUUUGCAUAUUAUAAGCUGCUUCUGCUUCUGCUUUGCUUUGCUUUCAGUUCCUCCUCUACUACUCUCUCUCUCUUAUCCCACAUCAGAAUAUGGAGUUCCAGCUGCUCCUACCCAUCUUCACGUUUCUUUCUCUAGCUUUUGUGGCAAGUCAAGCAGUUCUGUCUCCUGAUGCAUACUGGAAAUCGGUUUUGCCAAACGCCCCCAUGCCCAAGGCCGUCAAGGAUAUCCUUCACAAUGAAUGGAUUGAAGACAAAAGCACUUCUGUCGGAGUAGGCAAGGGUGGCGUAAAUGUCGACACUGGAAAAGGGAAGCCUGGAAGCGGCACCAACGUAAACGUCGGGGGAAAAGGCGUUGGCGUGGACACCGGGAAGCCCGACAAACGAACCAACGUCGGGGUCGGAAAAGGGGGGGUCUCCGUCAGCACGGGGCCCAAGGGAAAGCCCGUGUACGUCGGAGUCACACCGGGAGGGAGCCCAUUCAUCUACAAAUAUGCAGCUACUGAGACCCAAUUACAUGAUAAUCCUAAUGUAGCUCUGUUCUUCUUGGAAAAGGACCUGAAAAGGGGCACCAAGAUGACCCUGCAUUUCACUAAAACCACCAAUGCAGAAACCACUUUCUUACCUCGUCCGGUCGCCGUGAAAAUACCUUUUUCGUCUGACAAAAUGCCCGAGAUCCUUGACCAGCUUUCCGUGGAACCCAAUUCAAAGAAAGCCGAGAUAAUGAAAAAAACCAUCAAAGAAUGUGAAGAGCCUGGAAUCAAAGGAGAGGAGAAGUACUGCGCAACUUCGUUGGAGUCAAUGAUCGAUUUCACCACUUCUAAGCUCGGAAAAAGCGUCCAACCAAUUUCCACUGAGGUGGACAGAGAAACUCAAUUACAGAAGUACAGUGUUUCGGAAGUGAAGAAAAUGGGAGGUGAAAAAAGUGUGGUGUGCCACAAGCAGAACUAUGCAUACGCGGUGUUUUAUUGCCACAAGACGAGCACCACAAAGGCAUAUGUGGUUUCUUUGGACGGUGUUGACGGGACGAAAGCAAAAGCAGUGGCAGUGUGUCACACGGAUACUUCGGCUUGGAAUCCGAAGCACUUGGCGUUCCAAGCGCUCAAGGUGAAAUCGGGGACGGUUCCCAUUUGCCAUUUCCUUCCUGAGGAUCAUGUCGUUUGGGUUCAAAACUAGAUUCCCCCAGGGUAAAAACAUUUAGCGCAUGUGGGUUUAAUUAUGUAUGUUUGUUUCUUUUGGUGUGGUUUGUAUUGUCAUAAUCAGAAACUCUACUCAGGUACUAGUUGUAUUUGUAUUUGUAUUUAUAUUUGUAUUUGUAUUUGUAAGUGCUACCAUAUCAGCGCAUAUAUAUGCUGUAUGCUGCAUCAUAUUAGUCAGUGAUAUGUAUUUCGUGCAAAGUAUUAAUUAAGCGCUCCCCAAUGAAUGGAAGUGAUUUUAUGGAAUUCGCUA